AUGAGGGAAGGGCAGGAGCGGGGACCAGGGGGUCACUGCGAGCCCUCCUCUCCUUGCAGCUCCCUCCAUGGCCCGCUGGGCGAGCAGACGCCGCUGAUCGGGGCCCGCUCCUGCAGCCUCUCCUCGGGCGAGAGCGGAGCCCUGCAGGUGCUCCUGUACCACCGGCUCGGCCCCAGCCGCGGGCCCGCUCGCUCAGCUUCACCUGCGGCCGCUACACGGCCGAGGAGCUCUGCCUGUGAGCGGUGCCGGGCGCAGGGCAGGGAGAGCAGAUCCAGCGGUGGCCCUGGGCUCUCUGUGCCCCUGGGCUCCGGUGCCAGCCCCCUCUGGCUCCCCAGCGGUCUGCCCGUGUGCCACCCGCUCUUCGCCCUGGCCACCGAGGACCUGAGCUGCUGGUCCCCCAACCACCUGUUCACCGUGGAUGAAUCCCGCAGCCAGGUCGUGGUGUACAGGAUCAGGUUCUUCUUCCCCAACUGGUGCGGGCAGGGACAGUGCCACCGCUUCCAGCUGCUGAACGAGCGGGCCAGCCCUGUCCUGGACUACCCUGUCAUUGAUUACCUGUUCGCCCAGUCCCGCAGUGAUUUCAUCGGGGGCCGCGUGGCCGUGGGGCUGAGCCUGCCCUGGCAGGAGCAGUGCCUGGCGCUGGCCGUGCUGGACAUGCUGCGCAUCGCCAAGGAGCGGCGGCUGAGCCCCGAGCAGCUCUGCAGCCACCUCAGUUACAAGUCGUGCCUGCCCGCUGCGCUGCGGAGCCAGAUCGAGCAGCACAACUUCGUGACCCGCAAGCGCCUCCGCCGCCGCUUCGGGAAAUCCCUGCGGCUCCUCGGGGGCUGCUGCCACACGGACGGGCCGCAGCUGAAGCUCAAAUACCUGCUGGACCUGGAGCGGCUCCAGCGCCGCAGCACCGAGGAGAUGUUCCAGGCGCGCUCCCCCGGCUCCGCCGCGCCCAUCGCCCUCCACGUGUCCGGCGACAGCGGCGUGGCCUGGAGCUGCGGAGGCUCCGAGAGCCGCCAGCACUUCUGCGACUUCCCCGACAUCGCCGACAUCAGCAUCAAGCAGGCGGCGAGCCGCGAUGGGGGCCCCGUGGAGAACCGGCUGGUCACCGUCACCAAGGCGGACAACCGGGUGCUGGAGGUGGAGUUCGGCACGCUGAGGGAGGCUCGCUCCUUCGUGGCGCUGCUCGAUGGCUACUACCGGCUGACGGUGGAUGCCCAGCACUACUUCUGCAGGGAGGUGGCACCUCCGAGGCUGCUGGAGGAGCUGGAAAAUCAGUGCCAUGGACCCAUCAGUGCCGAGUUCGCCGUGCACAAGCUGGAGGCGGCCGGGGGCGCCCCGGGGCUGUUCCUGCUCCGCCGCAGCCCCCAGGACUUCGACAGUUUCCUACUGACCGUCAGCGUCCAGACCCGCUCCGGGCGGGAUUACAAGCGCUGCCGGAUCCGGCGGGACGAGCAGGGGCAGCUGCGGCUGGCGGGGGCGGCGCGGAGCUUCCGCAGCCUCCGGGAGCUGCUGGGCACCUACCGACACCGGGGGCUGCAGGCGGAGGGGACCCCGCUGCGCCUGGACACUCCCUGCGGGCCCCGACACAAAGACCCCUCCAACCUGCUGAUCGUGCGUGGGGGGGUGCCCCGGCCCCCCGGCUCCCCCCGGCAGCGCCGCCCGCAGCAGCUGAGCUUCCACAAGAUCCACCCGCACAGCCUGAGCCGGGGUGAGAGCCUGGGCCAGGGCUCCUUCACCCGCAUCUACCGGGGGGUGAGGCGGGAGCAGGACGGGGAGGACGGGACCCGGCACAGCCCCGUGGUGCUGAAGGUGAUGGACGGCAGCCACCGGAACUGCCUGGAGUCCUUCCUGGAGGCGGCCAGCACCAUGAGCCAGCUGUCCCACAGGCACCUGGUGCUGCUGCACGGCGUCAGCCUCGGCAAGGACUGUGUGAUGGUUCAGGAGCACGUCCCCCACGGGCCCCUGGACCUGUACCUGCGGCAGAGGCGCGGCGCGGUGGCCACGGGCUGGAAACUGGCGGUGGCCAAGCAGCUGGCCUACGCCCUCAACUACCUGGAGGACAAGAAGAUCCCGCACGGGAACGUCUCCGCUAAGAAGGUGCUGCUGGCCCGGGAGGGGGACACGGCCGGGGGGAGCCCCCCCUUCAUCAAACUCAGCGACCCCGGGGUCAGCGUCACCGUCCUGGCCCGGGACACGCUGCUGGAGCGGAUCCCGUGGGUGGCCCCCGAGUGCAUCAGCGAGCCCGGGAGCCUGGGGCUGCCGGCCGACAAGUGGGGCUUCGGAGCCACCCUGUGGGAGAUCUUCAGCGGGGGGAACAUGCCCCUGAGCCUGCUGGAGCCACAGAGGAAGCUGGAAUUCUACCGGAGCCGCCAGCAGCUCCCGGCUCCCAAGUGGCCGGAGCUGGCGGCGCUGGUGGCCCAGAGCAUGGAAUACGAGCCCCAGCGCCGGCCCUGCUUCCGCGCCCUCAUCCGCGACCUCAACGGCCUCAUCAGCUCCGACUACGAGCUGCUCUCGGACCUGUCCCCCGCGGAUGUGACGCUCCGGGAUGGCUUUUGGGGACGCGAUUCCCUGGAUCCCGAGCGCUUCCAGGAGCGGCACCUCAAGUACAUCUCGCUGCUGGGCAAGGGGAAUUUUGGGAGCGUGGAAUUGUGUCGCUACGACCCUCUGGGUGACAGCACGGGCGAGCUGGUGGCGGUGAAGAGGCUGCAGCAGGAUUCGGCCAAGGAAAUCCGGGAUUUCGAGAGGGAGAUCCAAAUCCUGCACUCGCUGCAGCACGAGUUCAUCGUCCGGUACCGGGGAGUCUGCUACAGCCGCGGAACGCGCGGGCUGAGGCUGGUGAUGGAAUUCCUGCCCAACGGCUGCCUGCGGGAUUUCCUGCAGCAGAACCAGCCCCGGCUGGAGCACAGCACGCUGCUCCUCUACGCCUGGCAGAUCUGCAAGGGUAUGGAGUACCUGGGCGCUCGGCGCUGCGUGCACCGGGACCUGGCCUGCAGGAACAUCCUGGUGGAGAGCGAGAGGCACGUGAAGAUCGGGGAUUUCGGGCUGGCCAAGCUGCUCCCGCAGGACAAGGAUUAUUACGUGGUGCAGGAACCCGGCCAGAGCCCCGUCUUCUGGUACGCUCCGGAAUCCCUGGCUGACAACGUUUUCUCCUGCGCCUCGGACGCCUGGAGCUUCGGGGUGCUCCUGUACGAGCUCUUCAGCUUCAGCUCCGGGAGCAGGAGCCCCUCGGAGGAAUUCCUGCGCAUGCUGGGCUCGGGCCAGCCCGCACAGAUCGUUUGUCACCUGCUGGAGCUCCUCAAGGACAAUCAGCGGCUCCCGGCGCCCUCCGGCUGCCCCUCGGAGGUGUACGCGCUGAUGCUGAGCUGCUGGGCCUUCUCCCCCAGAUCCCGACCCACUUUUGGGGAGCUGUCCCCCAAAAUCGAGGAGCUGCGGGAGGGGCGGAGCAAAACCCGGGGGUAGCCCCACCCCCACCCGCCCCCUGAAUCCCACCGGGACCCCCAACCCAUGGUGACACCUCCCCGUGUCCCCAACCCACAGUGACACCUCCCCGUGUCCCCAACCCAUGGUGACACCUCCCCGUGUCCCCAGCCCAUGGUGACACC